AUAAAUCAAUUAGACGUCCAACGUCUCCAGCGGAAGUGAUCUGGGUUCGUGUUAUGUACCUCGACGGUGGGCAGUGCUGUUUUUCUGGGAGGAGUGGAGCAGCGCGCGGACAUUGUAGUGUGGACACAAAAACGGGAUUAAUUAGCAGCAAGAAAUGAUACAAACCUGGCAGUGUGAGGCUUGCACCGAAGCAGAUGGAUGGAUCUGAUGGAUGAAUUCCUUCCCUAGACCGUGUUGUAGGAGACCCUGUCCGUGCACACUUUUAAUGACCGAGCAGGAGAGGGCGGGGACAUAAAACAGGGGCUUUACCAAAAUUAUUUAUCACUGGUUGUUGUCUACAGCGUUACCUUCUCGUAUUUGCAGAUGCAGCGAUCUCCAAAGCUGUGUUGAGUUUUUUUUUUUUGCAAAUUGUUGCAUUUUUAUGCCCAGAACAAACCCAUUCUUCAUGGUACCUUCACCUGUCUUUCUCUUGAAGCCUUACACUCCUUCAGACUUUGCUUGUUGUUUUUAGAGGGAGGAAAUGAGCUGCUCAUGAAGAUAACAGGGUCUUGCAGUAAUACCCGGUGAACUGUGUUUACCCUUACCAAACAACAAUCAGGCCUUGGGUGUUAUAUCUGCAAAUAGUUUCGUUAUUAUUUUCUUUCAGACCGGACACACACAUACUCCAGUGGAAGCAACACUGCCCUCAUUUUUGACUAUUCUUUGGAAUACUUCCUCAGCUUUUUCGUGUUAUAAUUCGGAUAAGAAAUCCCUGUCGUCAACACCGUCCUCUCACCUCUUUCUCAAGUGUGCACAUACAUUGGACAUAUGGAGGCCCACUCAGUGCCUGGCCACACUGGGCGAACUGGAGAGGAUGUAUUUGAUCCUGAGAACAUUAGGAAGCACUGUGACCACGGCCUGCUGCAGCAGGACUUUGGAGACAUCCUCCAGCAGAUCAUGGCCAUCACAGUUGAGAGUCUGGAUGAGGCUCAGGCCAGGAAACAUACUUUAAACUGCCACAAAAUGAAGCCUGCCCUCUUCAGUGUCCUGUGUGAGAUCAAAGAAAAGGCUGCUCUCAGUGUCCAAAGUGUCCAAGAGGACGACCCUCCUGACCCUCAGAUCAUGCGACUGGACAACAUGCUGUUAGCAGAGGGUGUUGCUGGUCCGGAGAGGGGCGGAGCCUCUGCAGCAGCGGUAGCGGCAGCAGCCCAGGGCUGCCCGGACGACGGGAGCAUAGAACACGCAGACUACAGAGAGAAGCUCGCUCAGAUACGGCAGAUUUACCACGCUGAGCUGGAGAAAUAUGAACAGGCGUGCAAUGAAUUCACCAACCACGUGAUGAACCUACUGAGGGAGCAGUCCCGUACGCGACCCAUCUCCCCAAGAGAAAUUGAGCGAAUGGUGACAAUCAUCCGCCGCAAGUUCAGCGCCAUCCAGGUGCAGUUAAAGCAGAGCACAUGUGAAGCUGUCAUGAUCCUACGCUCACGGUUCCUGGACGCCAGGCGGAAACGAAGAAACUUCAGCAAACAGGCAACAGAAAUUUUGAAUGAAUAUUUUUACUCCCAUCUGGCAAACCCAUACCCUAAUGAGGAGGUCAAGGAGAUGCUGGCAAAGAAGUGCUCCAUCAGUGUUUCACAGGUGGCCAACUGGUUUGGAAACAAGAGGAUUCGAUACAAGAAGAACAUUGCAAAGUUCCAGGAGGAAGCUAACCUUUACGCUAUGAGGACGGCUGUGGAUGUUGCAAAUGUGACUUCACUUGCUAGUCCAGCCACCUCCCCAGCCACGCCAAACUCAGGAGGCUACCCUGGACUGUGUCACACACCUGAUGAGAGGUCAUGAGGUAGCACGUGGAGGAACUAUCCUACCUCAUCAUGGUCACUGUGUUGAUGGAGGCUGGCAGUGUCUUAUCUGUCGGAGCCUCUCCUCUGAUUGAUGCUGUACAGUCCUUUUCCCACCUCCCGUGUCCUGCUCACCGAACUAAAACAAACGCAGACUGUACAUCAGCGUCCAGCCGAGCCACAAACCGACUCCGCCACAACUCCCAAGAAACUGUUUUGUAUUUGUUUUGAGGUGCAUUUAUACACUUCUUUGGGGAGUUUAUACAGUAUUUACCCCUACACAAAAAACCCCAAACAAAACAGAUGUGAACAUCAUCAGAUUUUUCUUUUUUAUUUUCAGAUUUUCAGUUUUUUUAGAUGUUGAAAUUACAAUUGUACAUUUUAUUGUACAUCUUACACUUUUUUAGAAAAUGUACAGUACAACACAAAUAUCACAUAACCAAAAAGGAAUAACAACACCGUCACUUAUUGUAUCCUGUUGUGUUGUUUCAAAUAUAAACUUGGUCAUAGUUGUUUUAUGUUAUAUGAUAUUCUGCAAUUCUGUAUUCAGUCUUUCUCAACCUGUUUCAUAAAAGUUUUUGAAGAAACCAAAGAGGAUUCAGAUGAGUCAAUGAGUAACUGUUUACAGUUUUUCUCAACUGCUAAAACACAAUUUCUGAAACCUUGCUCCAUUUUCUGAAAACAUUGAACACAAAACCUCAGCUUCAAGAACUAUUUACAAAAAAAUAAGUUUUAUUUGUGCUCAAAAUGAAACUUUCACCUCAAAACAGUUUUACCUGUGCUCAAAACCAAACACUGCUCUAAAAUCAGAAACAAAGUAUGAUCAAAAUCAUAUUCACUAUCAAGCAGUCGGUGAACAAUACACCAAAAAAUAAAAAUCACAUUGUUCAAAGCAUAUAGUUCUCAGGGAGAAGAACAUUUUUAAUCUCAAAACAAAUUUCAUAUUUUUCCGUCAUUGUCUUUUGAUGAGCGGAAAACAUGUUCUGUCAUAGUAGCUCAAAAUUGAUCAGAAAUUACUACUCUGCUUUGCUCUUUGCAAUUUUUGUUCUUCCUCAUCCUUGUAGCCCUAUUUUUACAGCACUGUGCCCUGAAUCUCACAAGCUUGUCCUUUGUUUCUGUGAUACUGGUCAAUUAUUGUUGCUUGAAUUUCAGCCGAUAUUUCCACUCUUUGUCUUCCCCUUCCUCCUCCUCUUCCUCCUCGAUGUCCACCAUACACACUCGUCCUCAUCCUCUCACACUGUUUCCUCUGUCCAUUCUAAGACUUUCUCCUUCCCACCUUCAACAGCCUGUUUGCUCUCUGACCUGGCUUAUAUUGGUUGUGUCGCAUGAUUUGAAACAAGUGAAAUCAAAUUUGAGUGGUUGUGUUUAAUCAAUGGCGCGUGUUCUCUAUUUGCAUUUGAUUGUUGCCACUUGUGUUUACCAGUAUCGAUGACAUGUGCAUUAGAGUGCACAAUGUGUUUUGAGAGUGAGAAUGUGUUUAGAGUUCUGCUGAAAAGUCUAAGUCAAAUUGUGUUUUACUAUGUGAAAUGGUUUAAGGUAUUGACAACGGACUGCACAAUUGGCUAAAUGAGUUCAGCCAAUGGCUUUUAGUGUUUUAGCAAAUAAGAAAAACUGUGAUCAGCUCUAAUGGUUAUUCACUCAGAUGUGCCCUCUAGUGUUGAGUCAUGUUACUGCGCGUAACUGCCUCUGCGUUUUGUGUUUUUCCUACCAAACCAUGCUUGCUAAAAUCUGUAUCUGACACAGACUUAAAUCUACUGUGCCCUCCUCUGUUGCCACUCCUGUCUGUUUAGUUAAUCUUUAGUGGUAAAUGUCAACAAACACACAAGAGCUCAUGAUAACUGUCUUUGUAUGUAGGUAAUUGAGUUAUAUGGAUCACUGAGUCUGUUCUUGUAUGUAACUUUUUUAUUCUUGCUCCUAACGUCUCUUUUACAGCUGUUUUGUAAUUGAUCAACAACAGGAAUUGUUUAACGGUGGCGACUUGCAAGAGACUUGUGUCCAUGAAUUGUCUGCCCUUGUGCAUGCUGGGAGGCUCAUGACACAUGUCUAGUGUAACCACGCUGACGUAAUGAGAACUUGGACCGGUCAUACUGAUCACGGGUUACAAAGCAAUCAUCAAAUCUACUCAACUAAAUCAAAUGCAAACAAAGUUGUUAUUGCUACUGUUAUGUAAUUUGUCAUGUUUUAUUAAUCUACAAAU